CAGCGAUUACAAGGAUAUUGAAUAUCUCGAGAUAAAACAAUCAGAAUCCGAGGAAAAGUCAUUCAUAUCUCAAGACAGAAAGCCGCUCUCGAGGUUAUUUCCGUCGGAAAAUCAAUGAUAAAAAAAGAGAAUUUGAUUACACUGAUUGAAGGAUUUUAUCAUCUCUUUGUUAACCAGUACAAAACCUUGACAAAAUAUGCGCCUGGCCUGGAACUUCCAAUAUCAUGUCCUGCACAGAACAGAAGCCUGCGCAUUCACGGUCCCAUCGAGAGAAAGAAAGUCGAGUCGUUGUUGAAGGCGGUGGAAACAGAAAAUGGUGAUCGCUCCGGAGUUCAUAUGGUCCGAAGGAGUCGAAAGGAAUUCGAUAGUUAUAUUCUUUCCUUGAUCUAUGGAAGUGAGAUCAGACAUUAUGAGAUCGUUUUCGAAAACGAAAAAUUUAGCCUCAAAAAUGGACCGAAGUUCGACGCCCUACCGGAACUCUUGGAUCAUUAUAAAACUGAACAGGCACGGUUUCCAACAAAACUCACGACGUAUUGUCCAAUACCCAAGGAAGGAUUGUGCGCGUUGUAUGAUGACCAGGUGGUUGUCGAAAUACCGUGUGUUCCCUCCACAUCACGACCUGCAAACCCUGACUAUCUCUUUGAAUACAUUGGCAAUCGACAGCUGGAGAAACUGCAUCACACCUUCACGUGCGGUGAUAUGGGCGACAGAAUUUUCAAAGCCAUGUGGUUGAAGGGGGACAUAGACGGUGUUCAGGAAGUUUUCUGCAGACGACUGGAAACAUCAAGGGCGCCCGACUUUCGUGAGAAAGUGAUUAAAGCUGGUGAGAAUAUGGCAACGUUGAUACAUCGAAAUUUGGUCCAAUUCUACGGAGUACAGUUCAACGACGAACAGAACACAUACCUCGCAUUUGAGUGGAUUCCCACUGGUACUUUGGAUGAAUAUCUAAAAAAAGAAACCGACGUGACAGUUGAAAGAAUAUUGACAUUUGCAGCACAGAUAGCCGAAGCUUGUAUGUACCUACACGAGAAGAACUUCGUUCAUGGCUGGCUUGCAGCGCACAAUGUUUUGGUCAUCAACGACGAGCAUGUUAAAUUGAGCGAUGUGUCCGUUCCUUGUCUCAGAGAGGAAGAUAUGCUAUGCGAAACUGUGAACAUAAACAGGAGCCCAUGGAAAGCGCGGGAAUGUUUUCAAGGCAGACGCUACAGUAAAGAAUCCGAUGUCUGGGCAUUUGGUAUCGUACUUUGGGAAAUGUUCAUGAAAACAGUACCAUUUCAGAAUAUGGAAGAUGAUACGAUUCUUCAAAUUUUCCAACAAGAUCGUCAUCUGGCUUAUCCAAGAUGGUGUCCUGACGAGGUCGGCAAAAUUAUGAAGUCUUGUUGGAUAACGGAACCAACGCAUCGUCCAACAUUCGCUGAAAUUGUCGUGAAGCUGCGACAAAUAACGCGCAAGUUAACUUCUCAAGAAAAAGAACGAAAAAUUCCUGAAACGUAUGACGAGAAAUUCACGAUUGAACCUCUUAACGUAAACAAGGCUUCUUCAACUCCGCCGGAUGAGUGUUUGCCACGAACUUCGUCGGGCUCGAGCAGCAACAAUGACAACAAUGACGGGGCAUCGAAGGAUAUCGGGAGCAACGAGGGAUCUUUCAGGACAGACGAUCUUGAUUUUAUCCCGGAGAAAGAACUGUCCGAGACACUUUGGUCGCCGGAGGAGAUUGAAAAAAAGAAAUAUCAAGGAAAAUUCGCGCGUCAUAAAUUGUCUGUGAAACAGCCUUCAGAGGUGUCGACGUACGACCGAAUUUUACAAAGUGAUUCGUCUUUUGAAGCAAACGAACAAACACACCUUUUGGCAUCUGAAUAUGACAGACACAUGAAUGAAACUACCACCAACGAAGUUCAAACGGCUAUAGACGACCCAAUAAAACAUCGCGCGAGAAGCAAAUAUCGAAAAUAA